AUGGCCAGAUGUCGCCACCACUCGGGAUACUUGGCCGACGACGAGGCCGUCCACCCCACGUACAUGACGCGGAUGCAGCCGCCCAAGAAGCCACUGUUCUCAGAAAUGGGGCCAGCCUCCAAGCUGGGCCGUGUGCCACACCCACCGUCCACGUAUGGCAGCUCAGCGCUCCCGGGCCACAGUCGAAAUGAGAGGUGCCCUCAGCCCUUUGGCAACUUCCUGGAUUUCCUGACCGAGAGCCAGGUGCUGGACAGUCUGCAGAUGGUGGUGGAGAAAGCAACUGAGCGCAUAGCUACCAUGAAGACAAGGGCCGGGGUGCCGUUGGUGGAGGUGCAGGACCCAGUAGAGGUGCCAAGUGGUGGGCGGCGGGCACAUGCCCGGCCCAGCCUCAGAGCCGUGCACCGGCACCGUGUUCUGCCCAGUCUCUGCACUGGACGCCUCAACAACUACCCAUCCAGAUCCAGCUCCAAGUCUGACUCCCACAGCCGGGACAGUGACCUGGGUGCUCACAGUUUGGGCUCACUGCCACCGGUAAAGGACAAACUCCUGCUGGAGAAGACCCUCAAGCGACUGCAGCAGCUGGAGAACAAAGGGAAAGGCCUGAGUCAGUCCUGCUCCCAGAGGGACUCCCUCCUGUGGGACACACUGGGCAGCCAGACCAGCAGUCAAUGGACCUGGGAGCAGCCCCAGUCCUUGUUCUCAGGGUUGCUGGGCUCGGAAUCAAGUAUACCUGCAGUGUCAGAGCUGGAGCCUGGAGAACGGGAGCUGGUCUUCCUCAAGCGAGAGUUCAACAAGGAGAUCAAGUCAUUACUGAGCCAGCCGGCAUCCUUUGACUUGCCUGGCUACUGUGCAUUCCAUGAGCCCCAUCGCACCCUGGACUUCCUGGCCAAGCACAACCUCCUCUCCGCCCUGCAGAGCGUGGUCAGCCAGGCUGUGGACAAGCUCAAGGGCGCCCGCCGCCGCGAUGGCUGCCCUCUCUUUCCCGCCAACUUCGAGCCUGCCCCAGAGCUGCCAGUUCAUUUUGACCUGCUGCUGCCAGACUUCAAGCCCGACACAGCCACCAAGAAGGAGGAGCCCCACGACUCCCCCCUAACCACAGCCUCCAACCCCAAGGCAUCUAACGGAAAAAUCAAGAGCACACAGGGCUCCCCUCCUGUGUCUAGUGUCCCGGUGACCACCAGACUCGGGCUCAAGAGCCCCAGCAGUAAGUUCACAAAGAAGUCGCCGCCCUCCCUCUCAACCAAGUCCAGCAUGUCUCACUUCUCUAAGCCCUGGCAUGAGGAGCUCCUCACCUUCCUGGCCCAGCAAGCAGUCUCUCUGCUUAUCUGCAAGUACAAGUUUGAGAAGGACCUCAAUAAGCAGCUGGGCUUCAUCUCCUUUCCCAUCACUGAAACCCUCGUGGACCUUUUCCUGGGAUUCAAGAAGGUAAAGGGUUCCAGCAUCCACCUGUCCUCGGACAUCAACUGGAGCUGCCUGUUGCGUAAACUGGAGGAGGCCGAGAGGACCGGGCAUGCCUCCCAGCUCAGUGCCUCCCACCGCAGUGCAGAGAUGCCCCCCAUGCAGCCUGAGCCAGCCACCAACACCGACCAGAACCAGACCAUGGAACCCUGCCGCUCUUUCUUCUCUAACUGGCUGGUCAGUCAGCCUUUCAGCCCUCAGGAGUCUCUGAUGACUGAGGACCAGACACUCACAAACCCCUUGGAACCCAAGUUCUCAGUGUCAUCUGGUAUAGUCAUGGGCUCCAGUCUCCAGAAGUCCAAGGAAGCAGUGAACAUUGAGGACAGUGAGGGCAAUGAUGAGGUUGAGAUUGAGAUCGAGGAUGAGGAUGAGGUUGAGGAUGAGAAUGAGAACAAAAGCGAGUCUCAGAGCCUUCCUGAGCCUGGAGUAGAGGCCUGGGACCUCCGCUCCGUGGACAUGGACUACAGUGACUUUGUGUGA